CACCGUCCCCUCGGUCACCAACACACAGCAAUUCUCUCUGCCAUUCCUGCCUUCCAAGAAUUUUCCUGCGCAAGCUCUAGCAAUGGACGUCUCAGGCACCGGAGCCGGGAAAGCGAAGAAGGGCGCGGCGGGGCGCAAGGCCGGCGGGCCGAGGAAGAAAUCAGUCACUCGGUCCGUCAGGGCCGGGCUCCAGUUCCCCGUGGGCCGCAUCGGGCGGUACCUGAAGAAGGGCCGCUACGCGCAGCGCGUCGGCACCGGCGCCCCCGUCUACAUGGCCGCCGUCCUCGAGUACCUGGCCGCCGAGGUUCUCGAGCUCGCGGGCAACGCCGCCAGGGACAACAAGAAGUCCCGCAUCAUCCCGCGGCACGUGCUGCUCGCCGUCAGGAACGACGAUGAGCUCGGGAAGCUGCUGGCCGGAGUCACCAUCGCGCACGGCGGGGUGUUGCCCAAGAUCAACCCGAUUCUCCUCCCCAAGAAGACCGCGGAGAAGGCACCCAAGGAACCCAAGUCGCCGAAGAAGGCUGCUACUCCCAAGAAGGCCGACGCUAAAUCCCCAAAGAAGGCGUAGAUGCAGGUUCGAUUGGUUAACUUCUAGAUGGAUAUAUUAUGGAUGGAUGAGCCCCAGAGUAGUUGUGGGGCUGUUCGUCUUGUGGUGUGGUUGUACCUUGUGUUUGUAGUCUCUAAUUGAACAAGAAUGCCAAAUAUUGCUACAUUCCAA